AUGGCGACCACGGGACUACAGCUCCUGGGGUUCGUCCUCGGGGUCAUCGCCUGGUCGGGAAUGAUUGCAACUUGCAUGAGCCCGGAAUGGAGACAAAAUUCAGUUGGUGGAACAGCCCUUGAUGAGCAUAAGAGAUUCGACGGCUUAUGGACUCAAUGCGAGCAGAUGCCAAAUGGGAACACAAAUUGUGAAAGCUACAAUGUAUUUUUCAUUGGCCUACCAGAGGUGCUACAAACAUGCAGAGCGUUGAUGAUCACAGCCAUCGGCCUUGGCUUUCUCGGCAUCUUACUCUCCGUGUUAGGAAUGAAGUGCACUUCAGUCGGAGCAUCCAAUCAUAAGGCAAAAGCAAGGACUGCUUUGCUUGGUGGUCUAUUGCUUGGCGUCGCCGCUGCCUGCACGGGCGCCAGCGUCUCUUACUACGCGCACAAAGUCGUGCAGGAAUACUUCAACCCCGUACUGCCUUACAACACGCCGCUCUAUCUCAGAUUCGAAUACGGAAGUGCGCUUUUUAUUGGAUGGAUUUCGCUUAUCAUGGGUGUCCUAUCGUCUGUCAUUAUGUCUGCAGCAUCACUAAUGGUCCUAUCAAAAAUUGCCAAAGGAGAAAUUCUGCAAAACGGCUACCUCAAGAAGCAUUUGGGGUACAAACAACUUGAAGGCUUGCGAACUCAGAACAAACUCACACACGCCGUCCAGGAAUACGUCUGA